AUGGUAUACUGCGGCAAACCAAGCAAAGGAUGUGGUCACUGUCGGUCAAGAAAGAUUCGCUGUGACCAGGUUCGGCCGGCCUGUUCGCAAUGCGUGCGGGCCAAGCGGGACUGCCCCGGCUACAGGGAUCAGCUAUCUCUAAUGUUUCGCGAUGAGAGUAGUUCAGUGGUGAAGAAAGCCUCAGCGGGGUCAAGUACAUCCGUUUCGUCGGCUUCUUCAUCCUCUAGGCCAAAAAAGUCCCCUGGGCGAUCGCCUCGCACGGCUUCCCCAGAUGGGAACUCUCAGUCGGACUCCUCUCCGGAAGAGGCGUCUUACACUAGUCUGUUCGAUUUCAACGCCGACCCACUGUCUGGGCCACUGAUACAGCAGUUGCAACAGCCAUGGCAAAUCCCCAUGGAGGUUCAACCGGUUAGCAUACCCUCGCAGGAAGAAGCAAUCAGCUUCCUCUUUCGAUCCAAUGCCAUACCGGGGAGCUUUUGGAUGAGUGACUUCGUGACCAAAUUCUUGGCGCAGGCCGGUAGCCAAGUGGGUGCCCAAGCGAUGCGGGCCAGUAUGACCGCUGUCGCAUCGGCCAUGCUUUGCCGCGUGAGGAAGAUGACCCCUCUUCGAGAUGUGGCGAGGAAGGAAUACGUCAAUGCCUUAAACCUUCUCAAUAUAGCCCUUGCGGAUACAGAAGAAGCCAAAACCAAUCAAGCAUUGGGGGCUGUUGUGCUGCUUGCUAUAUAUGAGCUUGUCACAGCACGUGCCCCACGGGAUAUCGCUUUAUGGACAAACCACAUAUCUGGCGCCACUGCUUUACUCGACUUGCGAGGCACUGAUCAACUUAAGACCGAAGCUGGCAUUCGUCUUUUUCUGCAUUUAAGAUAUCAAAUUAUCAUCAGUUGCAUACAGCGGGAUUGUCACGUACCCGAAUCACUCAUGGAAUGUACAAAGUUGUCCAUGCUCUUGCGACCAGGAGAAGCCUACAGUAAUAAGUUGAUUAUUCUUAUUGGCAAACUGUCCAAUCUGCGAGCAGAUAUCCAGCUCAAAAUCCUCACCGACGACCAGGACAUCAUUGCAGCAGCAUCGGCCAUUGAGGCGGAAAUAGUUGCCUGGUUGGCGGCACUUCCACCUAGUCUCUCCUAUGAAACCCUCACUAAAUCUCCUUAUGAUUUUCUCUUCCAAGAACGCUGCCGAGGCCUUCGCCCCUUUGACGACAAAUAUCACGUCUACCCAAAUUUCUGGGUUUGCAACGUAUGGAACCAGUAUCGCUGUGCGCGUAUCAUCGUCAGCGAACUGAUACUCUCUCAUAUGUGGAAAAUUUCAGACAGCUCCAAGCUCGAAAUGUCGGACGAAUUCCAGGUUCACUGCAAGAAUAUUCGAGCCACCAUCUGGCGCCUGGCCGUUGAUAUUUGUCGGAGUGUGCCUUAUCACCUGGGUGCACACCAAAAAGACGCCUCUCCUAAUUGCCCACCUCCGGAGAGUUACCUGGGUGGGCUGACGUUGCUUUGGCCGCUGUUCUUGGCUGGUGUGGUCGAGAACCCUAGUCAUUCCCUCCGUCGGUGGGUUGUGGAUGCCCUUAAGAUGAUUGGAAACGCGAUGGGUAUCGACCAGGCCCUUGCUUUGAUGGAUAUGGUCGCCGCAGACCCGGGCGUCCUUCAUUUUGAGGAUGGAGUGCCUAGCCAGGAUGUCUCGAUAGCGAGCUCAACCCAAAAGGACCCUGUGGCGCUGCUCGAUAUGCCCUAUGAGGAUAUUCCUGCAUCUGAGGCAGAUUUCUGA